UUUAACUGGGGUUUUGCAACAAUUUCAGUCCCUCAAUUUGGAGGGGAAAAGGUGAGGAAGGGUGCAGCUUCACUGUGUAGUUGAGGUGAUUUAGAAAUUCAUUUCAGCUUGUGAAGUCUUUAAAUCUUUUUCUUCCCCAGAGCUGGAUUUAAAUCCAUUAAAAGAAUAUGAAAAGAAUGACUGGAGACUGGUGAGGUGGUCAUAACAAGCCUAGAUAGUUAAAGCAACAAAAUUGUGAUUUUUUUUUUCCCCUGCCUUGUGGCCUAUCCUGUUAAUAAGGACGGGACGUCUGUUUAUUAGAUUGUACUCUUUUAUUGACAAUGCAUCCAUCACACAUUUUGACUUUGAAGGAUAUAUCAUGUCGAAGGAAUUAAGUUCCAAUAUUGAAGAGGAUUCUACUGGAAUACCUUAAUACCUUGAGGUGAUAGCCGGGGGUGGCGAAAUGCCUACUGAGAUGAAGACUUGCGCCACUAGUUUCAUCCUUGGGAGCCUGGUGUUGGCCUUUUAUGUUCCUUUGGUGGUGACUUUACCUAAAACACUGGCCAUCCCUGAGAAGCUACAAGAAGCUGUGGGGAAGGUUGUUGUCAAUACUACAACUUGUACCGUCACCUGCGGCCUUGGCUAUAAGGAGGAGACUGUCUGUGAGGUGGGCCCAGAUGGAGUAAGAAGAAAGUGUAAGUCUCAGCGCUUGGAAUGUCUGACCAACUGGAUCUGUGGGAUGCUCCAUUUCACCGUCCCUGUGGGGAAGGAGUUUGCGCUGAGCUGCCUGAGUUCAGACAUCCUGGAUGUUGGGCAGGAAGCUUUCCGGUUCACCUGGAGACUUGCUCGGGGAAUCAUCUCAACUGAUGAUGAGAUCUUCAAACCCUUCCGAGUCAAUACCCACUUUGUGAAGUUUGAAUCUGCUCGGGAGUAUGACUCUGGGACAUAUCGUUGUGAUGUGCAACUGUUAAAAAACUUGAAAUUUGUCAAGAGGCUCUAUUUUGGGCUGAGGGUCAUUCCUCCUAGCUUGGUAAACUUGAAUUUCGAUCAGUCCCUGACUGAGAAUCAGAAAUUAGUAGAUGAGGGUCUGGAAGUGACACUGGACAACCAUUCUAGGCCUCAUCACCCAGGGUGGAAAAAGAAGGUGGUAGCAGCCUUGGGAGUAGGUGUUGCCAGUGGAGUGGCUGGUGGUGUGUUGUUGAGCAUAGUCCUGUGGUAUGUGCUGAAGGUGAUCUACAAGGAUGACAUCUAAGCUCAAAAGCCUGGCUUCUGCAAGGCUAUCUGUUCAGGAAGCUGAACCAGCUUUUUAGGGAGUGUUUUGGCUGUCCAAUAGUGGAUGGACUAACGGAGGGCUCCCAUUGCCAGGAGAGUGUGUGGGGGAUGUGGAGAGAGGCAGCAUCAUGGUAGCUGUGGGCGGUCAACUCUAACAUCUUUAUGAACCCAGUGGAUCUGUUCCUGAUCUUCCCUGCCCACUAGCUACUCAGGAAACGGACUACAGGCAUCUCCCCUGCUCCUGGAAAGAGUUCGUCUUUCAAGCUUGCAUUCAUUUUCUAUCCUUUACAACUUGAAUGCCUCCCCGUCUCCAUUUCCCCUUUUCUGAGCAGUAUAUUCCUGUAGAAGGAUGUAUUAAAGCUUUUCUAGUGAAAACACUUUUUUCCUCUUUAAUAAACAUACUUAAUUCACAGUAGUGGUAUGGAGACUUAACUUUUUCUACUCGUUAAAAAUUCCUUGCAUUUGUUUAACUGUUCCCAUAACCAGUCUGGCUUUUAUUUUCCUCUAGUUUCUUAGAAUGGACAUUGAACCAAUUAUCUGUUUUGUAGCGGGGACAUACACCUGUGUGUGGCAGAGCUGAGGUUGUAAGUAAUGACAUCUGACUCAGAUAUGUAAUGUACAGUCACUAAAUAAUAAUAAAUUAGCUGUCCUUACUGUAUUCACCCAGGUGAACCUUCUGUGUUCAGUGUUACAUUGAAUUUCCUGGCAAAACACUGUAUUCUUUGCCUGGUACGUUUCAUUCAGACUGUUCCUUUCCUUGCUCCCUGCUUUUUUCCUUUUAGCUCUUUCAGUGCCCUGUAGCUUGUGUUCCUGGGAAAUGUCAACUGAAUUGGUUUCUUACAGCAGCUGAGGCUCCCAAGGAAGGAAAAGUACCUAUAUUUCCCUUUUGGAAAUCCCAUCUUAAGACUCUCAGGGGCCUUUCAGACUGUGUCUCAGAUAAUUGGCUUGUGGAACCGUGAGGGAAAAGGCUCUUGGCCCCCAGCUGAGCUAAUUCCACUGAGAGAAUGAUAGCAUU